AUGCAGCAACCUCCAGUUCUGGGUUAUUGGAACAUUCGUGGGUUAGGACAAUCCGUCCGUCUCCUCUUUCACUAUCUCGGUGAAGAGUAUGUCGAGGAGCUGUAUGAAUUCGGCGGCGCUCCCGACUUCUCCCGUGAAUCGUGGCUUAAAGUAAAAUUCAAUAAAGGCCUUGACUUCCCUAAUUUGCCAUACUUGAUUGAUGGCGGAUUAAAACUCACGCAGUCGAGUGCUAUUUUGGAAUACCUGGCGGACAAACAUGGGAUGCUUCCCUCUUGUGCCAAGGAGCGUGCACUUGUGCAUAUGUUGCAAGCAGCAGUUGCCGACUUCAGAGGCAGCUAUCUCCAGAUUGUUUACAACCCAGAUUAUAACAAGGUCAAGCAAGGUUUUCUGGACAGUCUGCCCGAAACGUUGCAAGUAUGGUCCAAGCAUCUGGGAACGAAAAACUGGCUUAACGGUUGCAAGAUAAACUACCCGGAUUUCAACAUGUAUGACCUCUUGGAUGCACUGAGAACAUGGGACCCCACCUGCCUGGAUAAAUUCUCCAAUCUAAAGGACUAUCUGAAACGAUUUGAGGACAUACCGAAAAUCAAGAAGUUCCAAUCUUCAAAGGCGUAUAUGGCACGUCCUUUCAAUGCCCCCGCGGCCGGCUGGGUUGGAGAUGCCUAG